AUGCUGGCUCUUCGCCGCCGAGCCAAAAGUGGUAGAUCCUAUUAUGCGACGGUUACACUCACUGCUGUUGAUGCGGUGCAGCUCGAGCAAGAGGUCGGCCUUUGCCCACCCGGAACUGUCAAAACGAUCCAGGGUACGUACAAGUUUGCACCCAUGACUCCGGAUUUGCAUGUUGGAGAGCUUCUCUAUAUCCUGAGUGACUCCUGGGCCGAGCACCCGGACAUUUUGCACAGAGGAUACAUGGUUGAGUUUGAGACGGCUUGGGGCAAAAUUUUGUCGCCUAUUGUUCAGUACGAGAACGAGUGUUAG